CAUGGCGGACAUGGCGUAUCAAUCAGUUCCUCCACCUUCGGGUGCUUCAGAGCCAAAUGCAGCGUUUGCUGAUGCUCUAAAACGAGCAAAAGAGAUUGCCGCUCGUAUGGGCACUGGUCCAACCUCAGAUGUCGCUUCGAAUAAUUUACCAUAUCAAGAACUAGAUUCCAGUCGAAAACGUCCUCAUCCGGAAGAAGCGGAAGAGCCAAUAAAUAAAAAACUGAUGGCCGAAGCAGCAGGAGGAGGAAUGCCAGGUCAAGAUCUUCCAAAAGAUCCUAAGUCAAUAGCUUUACAAGUUGCAGCAAGUCUUGCACAAAGGGCAGGACUUGGCUCGAUGACAACAGUUGAAUUCAAAAUUCCAAAUAAAUUUGUUGGUUUAGUUAUUGGUAGAGGUGGUGAACAGAUUAACAAACUCCAGUCAGAGACAGGUGCCAAAAUACAAGUUGCCCCAGAUCCACCAUUAGGAGCCAUGCCACCACCAGACAGAGCAGUGACUAUCAAUGGAUCCACGCAAGCUGUAGACAAAGCAAAACAACUUCUACAAAGAAUUUGUGAAGAAGGAAAAAUACCAGAUAGUCUGAUGUCUGCGCCAGUAGUAGCACCAGGAGAAACGAUGUGUGAAAUGAUGAUACCAGCAAGUAAAGUUGGACUCAUUAUUGGUAAAGGAGGAGAAACUAUCAAGAGUUUACAAGAAAGAGCACAAUGUCGCAUGGUUAUGAUUCAGGAUGGCCCAUAUCAAAAUGCUCCAGAAAAACCCUUGCGAAUCAUGGGUGAUCCUACCAGAUGCCAACGUGGAAAAGAUCUUGUUACAGAUCUGCUUACAGAGAAAGAACUAGAGCAAAUAACACCAGCAUUUGACAUCAUGGGAAAUAAGAAGCCUGGACAGGAAAAUAUCAGUGCUUUAGAGAUUCCUGUCCCAAGGGAAAUAGUUGGUUUUGUAAUUGGAAAAAAUGGAGAAACAAUUAAAAGACUUCAAGUUGAAUGUGGUUGCAGCCUACAAUUUAAUCCUGACACAAAUCCAAGCAGUCCAAACAGAAUGGCAUUAGCCAGAGGAACUCAACAGCAGUUAUCUCAGAUCAAGUCGACCUUAGAACAGAUCAUUCAACAGUCUCGCCAGCGUGGUGGACCUCCUCCCAAGGGACCCCCUCCUAACAUGCCUGGAGUAAAGACAAUUGAGGCCCCAGUACCUGGAAACAAGUGUGGUCUUAUCAUUGGCAAAGGAGGAGAAACUAUCAGACAGAUAAUCAACCAAUCAGGAGCUCAUGUUGAAUUAAAUAGAAACAUCCCAGAAAGUUCUCCUACAAAGUACUUUAUUAUCAGAGGAACUGAUGCCCAGAUACAACAAGCUCAGAACAUUAUUAGAGAAAAGCUUGAAGAUCCACGUGGUGGAGGAAGAGGCCGUGGAGGUGGAAACUUCAACCAAAAAUGGAACCAAAAUCAACAAAAUUCCAACUGGAACAAUCAACAGCAGCAACAACAACAGCAGCAAAAUUACAACUUCCCGUAUGGACAACAACAGCAUCAACAACAAUUUGGUCAACAGGAUUAUAGCCAGCAACAGUAUGGUCAACAGCAGUAUGGCCAGCAAGGACAGCAGGCUCAACAAGGUCAGCAAGCUGGAGGUGCUCAAGACUAUUCUGCUGCAUGGGCAGCUUAUUAUCAGCAGUAUUACCAACAACAAGCAGCAGCUGCUGCAGCUGCAGGGGGUCAGCCAGCUCAAGCUGGUGGCCAACCUGACUAUACUGAAGCCUGGAACCAGUACUUUAAACAGCAGCAAAACUACCAACAAUACUACCAACAACAACAACAACCUGGACAACAACAACAGGACCAGCAGAACAACCAGCAGCCAACGUCACAGUAAAGGUUGUAGUGUCACCAACAUCCCUUACUGGUAGAAGAGCAGACAUCCUGUGUAUUUCGUACUUCAUGCACAAGUCAAGUGGAAUUUGUUAUGAUUGCUGUACACUAUUGAUAUCUUAAAAAUCUUCUUUUAAGACUUGUAUACUUAUUGCUUGAUGUUUUAACUUUUAAACUGUGAUGAUACAUCAGUGUUUUAUGAAAGCGUUAAGUGCAGGGAUAGUCGUCAUUACUGCAGGACAACGUGGAAGCAUCAUUGGAAAACUGUAUAUAGUAACAUUGUUGUCUUAUGUGUUGAUUCCUCUGUCAUUAUAUGUACAUUGCAUUGGUUUGUAAUGUUAUCUUUCAGGGCUAAACUGAAGUACAGUUAAGUACCGUUUUCAGUUUUUCUCAGUUUGAUUUUAUUCAACCCACAAGAUACUCAGUGCUCGCAGUGAUAAUGCAUCUUGUGGGUCAUUUUGAAUUUAACAUUACUAUUUUAUUUGAACUGUGCCGCCAACACAUGUAUUCUUUAUUAGUUGUAUCUUUUCACUCGCGAUGCCCGCAAAGUUAAUCCAUUUAGCUUGUCUUUCAUUGGAUGUCUUGUCCAGCCACUUUAAUUUUGUAAAGUGAUUAUUAAUGUCAAUGAGCUUGUUGGCACAACUUUGCCUCGUUUCAAUGUAAGUAAAAACCAUUUUUGUUGAUGCAGUAUCUGAGACUGCAUAAUUUCUUAUUAUAAACCGGCUGUACCUAGUAUGUACUAUUUGUGUUAUGUGAUGACAAUGUUUAGAAAUAAAAGACUUUCGUAGUUGAA